CUACGCGCUUGCACAAGCUUCUUCUCCUAUCCAUUCCAUUCAUUAGUCAGUCGUCAUUGAAGUGCGAGGUGCUUGUGUUGAUCUCGAGCAGACCAAGUGCCGCAAAGAACAUAGAGAGCGAACCAAACUCGAAUUCCAAAUUUGAAUCUUCGGCAACAGGCAAAUUGAUAGGACUUCCCGUACUCGUCUAGGACUUUAGCUACAAAGAUGCAUCGCGCAAGGAUAGCUCUCCAGCUCAUCAGUCAUCCAGCUGGUCAGCAGAACUUUGGAUCCUGGUUAAUCCGGAAUCCAACGUCGAAGCUCACCAGUGAACUGGUAGCGGCUUCGUCAGUGAAACUGUACAACUCUGCAGCCGCCGAACCUUUCCUCAAUGGCUCGUCGUCAAACUACAUCGACGAUAUGUAUAGUGCCUGGCUAAAGGAUCCAGCUUCAGUGCAUGCUUCUUGGGAUGCCUAUUUCCGUAACAACUCCUACGAGGCACCACCAUCGCUGGCUCCGAUCCCAAGAAAUCACGUUUCUGCAUCUCAAUAUCUCGGCAGUGCCUUACCAGCUCUGGCAGGUGGCAGCCCAGCUGUCGGCACUCGCAUCGAUGACAAACUGAUCGAUGACCAUUUGGCCGUGCAAGCCAUCAUCAGAAGUUACCAGAUUCGGGGUCAUAACAUUUCUAAACUAGACCCGCUCGGCAUUAGUAACGCGGACCUAGACGAUAGAAUCCCAACGGAAUUACUGUACUCUUCCUAUCGUUUCGAUUCGUUGAUUAUUAAGAGCUUAGGAGAUGACGUUUGUCGUACUUUUAUGAUGAUGGUUCAAAAGGAAGCCGACAUGGAACGUGUGUUCAAGCUUCCGAGCACCACCUUCAUUGGUGGCAAGGAAAAGUUCCUCCCGCUGCGUGAAAUCCUGAGCCGUCUGGAACGUGCCUAUUGCAACAAAAUUGGCGUUGAGUUCAUGUUCAUCAACUCGCUCGAACAGUGCAACUGGAUCCGAGAGCGUUUCGAAACCCCCAACAUUAUGAACUAUACGAACGAGGAAAAACGUCUGCUGUUGGCCCGUCUGACCCGUGCCACCGGUUUCGAGGCGUUCCUGGCAAAGAAGUUCUCCUCGGAAAAGCGAUUCGGUCUCGAAGGCUGCGAAAUUAUGAUCCCGGCCAUGAAGGAAGUGAUCGACGUUUCGACCCGCCUCGGCGUGGAAUCGAUCAUCAUGGGUAUGCCCCAUCGUGGUCGCUUGAAUGUGCUGGCUAAUGUGUGUCGUAAGCCGUUGAACCAAAUCUUCACCCAGUUCGCCGGUCUGGAAGCCGCCGAUGAUGGCUCCGGUGAUGUCAAGUACCACUUGGGUACGUACAUUGAACGUCUGAACCGUGUUACGAACAAGAACAUUCGUCUGGCUGUUGUUGCUAAUCCAUCGCAUUUGGAAGCUGUCGAUCCUGUGGUCCAGGGUAAGACCCGUGCCGAACAGUUCUAUCGCGGUGAUGGGGAAGGAAAGAAGGUCAUGUCUAUUUUGCUGCACGGUGAUGCCGCUUUCUCAGGCCAGGGUGUCGUUUACGAAACGAUGCACUUGUCGGACCUACCGGAUUACACCACCCACGGAACGAUCCACAUUGUCGUGAACAACCAGAUUGGUUUCACCACUGAUCCUCGUCAUUCGCGUUCCUCGCCGUACUGUACUGAUGUGGCUCGUGUUGUGAACGCUCCCAUUUUCCACGUCAACUCGGAUGACCCUGAGGCCGUUAUGCAUGUGUGCAAGGUUGCUGCCGAAUGGCGCGCUACAUUCCACAAGGACGUCAUUAUCGAUCUUGUCAGCUACCGUCGCAAUGGACACAACGAAAUUGAUGAACCGAUGUUCACUCAACCCCUGAUGUACAAGAAGAUUCGCGGUAUCAAGCCGGUCUUGGAUAUUUAUGCUAAUCAGCUGAUUGCAGAGGGAUGUGUGACUGCCGAUGAAGUAAAGAGCGUCAAGGAUAAAUAUGAAAAGAUUUGCGAUGAAGCCAUGGAACAGGCCAAGGUAGAAACCCACAUCAAGUACAAGGACUGGCUGGACUCUCCAUGGUCUGGCUUCUUCGAAGGUAAGGACCCUCUGAAGGUUGCUCCAACUGGUGUUAUCGAUGAAACUUUGGUACACAUUGGUAACCGGUUCUCCUCGCCACCUCCGAACGCUGCUGAAUUCGCCAUUCACAGGGGACUCAUGCGUGUGCUGGCCGCUCGCAAAGAAAUGGUUGAUAACAAGACUGUUGAUUGGGCUUUGGGUGAGGCAAUGGCCUUCGGAUCUUUGCUAAAGGAAGGCAUCCAUGUACGCUUAUCCGGUCAAGACGUCGAACGUGGUACUUUCUCACAUCGUCACCACGUCCUGCACCAUCAAACUGUCGACAAGGCUACAUAUCGACCACUGUGCCAUCUGUAUCCCGAUCAGGCCCCUUACACUGUAUGUAACAGCUCACUGUCUGAAUUCGGUGUGCUUGGAUUCGAACUUGGUUAUUCCAUGACCAACCCGAACGCACUCGUCAUCUGGGAGGCUCAGUUCGGUGAUUUCAACAAUACCGCCCAGUGUAUUAUCGAUCAGUUCAUUUCAUCUGGCCAGGCCAAGUGGGUUCGUCAGAGUGGUUUAGUUAUGUUGUUGCCUCACGGCAUGGAAGGUAUGGGACCGGAACAUUCGUCUGCCCGCGUUGAACGUUUCCUGCAGAUGUGCUCGGAUGAUCCUGACUACUUCCCACCAGAAUCGGAAGACUUUGCUAUCCGUCAGCUGCAUGACAUCAACUGGAUCGUGGCCAACUGCUCAACACCCGCUAACUAUUUCCACAUCAUGCGCCGACAGAUUGCAAUGCCCUUCCGCAAACCACUGGUGCUUAUGACCCCCAAAUCCCUGCUGCGUCACCCAGAAGCCAGGAGUCCAUUUAGUGAAAUGACCGAUGGAACUGAAUUUCAGAGAGUGAUCCCUGAUGCCUCCCCGGCUUCGCAGAACCCGUCCAAGGUGAAGAAAUUGAUCUUCUGCUCCGGAAGGGUUUACUACGAUCUCGUCAAGGCUCGCCGAGAACGCAAUCUCGAAUCGGAUAUUGCCAUCAGCCGACUGGAACAGAUCUCACCGUUCCCGUAUGAUCUAAUUAAGGCUGAAUGUGCCAAGUACUCGAACGCCGAGCUAGUGUGGUCCCAGGAAGAACACAAGAACCAGGGCUACUGGACGUACAUUGAGCCCCGCUUCGACACCGCAAUCAACUCGACCCGCGACCUGAGUGUGCAAGACAAGCUUGUGCUGCAGAAAACCACCCAAGGAUUCAAUAUUUCCCAAGGAACCUUCAAUGCGCCAACCGACGGUACAAAGGGUCGCAAAGUGAAAAUCUCAUCGAGACCACUUAGCUACGUGGGACGCCAUUGCGCAGCAUCGACCGCCACCGGUUCGAAGGCGCAGCACACUAAGGAACUGAAGAGUUUGCUGGACAACGCGAUGGCCUUGUAAAACAACAACGCGAAUAUACAAAUUUCUCUAUCCCUGUAAACCCCACAUCCAACAGAUUAUAUUCUACAGCAGUUUCAAAAACUACAACUUCAGCUACUACUACGUAAAGAUGAUCAACACAAACACAUUAACAAAAUCAAACACACACACACACUUCUAUGCAGGAGAAAACUUACUAUCGAUGCUACUAUUACCGUUGAAGCGAAACUCUGCUAUUUAGAAGAUAGGUAUUUAUUCAAAGCAGUGCGACCAGAUACUAAAACGGAAUGGAAAUUAAGUUUGAUUUGAACAGUCACAGGAAGUGUACUAUUAAUUUAUUAAAAAGUUUGCGGUAAAAGAUCAAACUUGUUCUUUUUUGUUCAUACGAAUGAAGCUAAGCUACGCAAUUGCAAAGUGUAUAUUUAAAGUAUUUAUCGUUAGGAUAAUAGCGUUAGUAGAAGUAAUACUAGUUGUGUCGAACAUUUCAAGAAACUGAAUAAAACACAAACUAUAGAAACAAGAAUCGUUUGAGCGUAUACCUUAAUGCAGCAGGUGUUUUGAAGGUUCAUUCAACCCCGGUUGCCCUGCAACAAUUUUGUCCGAAGGGCUCCGGCUGAGCAAACUGAAAUGGAUAGUGACUUUUUAACAAUCAAAAAUUAAAAAAAAAAAACCCUUUGAUAUUAUCCUUGACUAAUGGAAUGCAUAUACCCUACAUAUUUUGAAAUGGAAAUGCAAGAAAAAUGAGCUUAGGUGACUUUCAUUAAAAAAUUAUCCUUUCAUGAUGUUGCCGUAGCGGCUCUAACUACGCUUUAUACUGAUUAGAAAAUAUUCGGUUAAUCUUUAGGUUUUAGACUCUAGAGGAUCUUCUCGUCAGUAUAUAAACUUAUUAAUAGAAAUGAGGAAAUUGUUCACCUGGAAUCUAUGAUACCCAAUUAAAGUAUGCUUGAAGAAAGCAAGUAGUUUCCUUUGCAAUCCUAAUCGAGAUACGAGUUUCAAGCGUUACCGAUAAUUGAAGUGUGUACAAAACGAGCGUUGAUGAAGUCUUUCGUAAAGUAUUAGUUAUGAAGUUGAGUGCGCUAGGACGUUUUGCUGAAUCCACGAUGGAGUCGAGAGCUAACCUAGGACCGGAAAAUGACCAGUUUCAUAUUCUAAUAUGGCCGGUAGAGAGCAUUGCUGUUGUUAUUCACAAUUUAUUUUGAGAACAUUUUUUAAAUAAACGCUGAAUUUGGUGUCCCAUCAAUCUUACUA